AUGGAGCUCGAUCCUCGUCUUGGCGCAACUGGCGAUAGAGCCUCAGCAUUAGCAAAUUUCGGUGUGGAGGCAACGUCAAGACCAUCGCCGGUCCAUCAUGUCCCUCAUAGCAAUAGUGCUCUGAUACCAGUCCACGGCGUACAGGAUGAUCACAACAGUGCCGAGAACACCCCCAGCGCAUCGACCGAAAAUCGAGAUACGCCACAACAUCAAAGCCAACAGCUUCACGAUGCCGAACACGACGGAGAUGGAACCGAUCCGAAGCGACCGAGGGCCUGUGAGGCAUGUCGUGGGCUGAAGGUUCGCUGCGAACCGGAUCCCAAUGACGAGGGACCUUGUAAGAGGUGCCGGAAAGCUGGAAGGAAUUGCGUCGUGACAAUGCCAACACGAAAGCGCCAGAAGAAGACCGACAGCAGAGUGGCUGAGCUGGAAAAGAAAAUCGAUGCCUUGACAGCGAGCUUGCAAGCAAGAGCGGCACCUGGAGGAGGCCAGGCGCAUACGCAAAACCAAGGUCACGGCUGGGGAGAGUCUCCUGGAAAUGUUGCGCCUAAACCACCCAAUGAAUCAAACACAGCCACUUCUUCUCACAAUAACAUGAAAUGGCGAACCCCCGGGCAAACCCCUGCAUGGGGAUCGUUUUCAUCGGCACAAUCUCCCAUGCCGUUGAUGCCGACCGUGGAACAAACAACAGAUCGCGCAUCCCCAGCCCAGUCCACGGCAGCACUAGCUACAGCAGCCACUGGGCAAAAGAGGAAGUUUACAGAUGGCCGUGAAGGCUCAUCUGAACAGCUUGCUACUGAGGAAACACCAGCCGAAGCUCUGGCGGCUUAUCUCACAAGGGCAAAGGGUGGUGAUAUCGUAGACCGUGGUGUUAUCACGAUGGAGAAAGCUGUUGAGCUAUUUGCUCGUUAUAAUGACCAUAUGAUUUCACACCUGCCAGCUAUUAUCUUCCAACCUGGUUUCACGGCAUCCGAGCUCAGAAAAACAAAACCUAUACUGUUUCUGGCCAUCAUGGCAGUGGCCUCUGCUGAGUCCCCCACUCUCCAGAAGGUGCUUCAAAAAGAGAUGAAGCUCACAUUCGCCGAAAAGGUGAUGCUUUCGGGCGAGAAAGGCUUAGAGCUAGUGCAAGCACUCAAUGUAGCCGUGAUCUGGUAUUGGCCACCAGAACAUUUUGAGGAGCUGAAGUUUUAUCAGUUAGUCCACACGGCGGCUGUUAUGGCCAUCGAUAUUGGACUCGGCCAGAAAUUGAAGCAGCGCCGUGGAAUAGUCGUGCCUGAUACCUGGCGUCCUAACCCAAGUACCGGACCAGGUGGCCAGAGCCGUCGAUGGGCACCCCCUGAUCCAACAAGCAUAGAGAGUCGUCGUACAUGGCUGACAUGCUAUUUCCUGGCAACCAAUACUUCUAUGGCCCUCCAUCGACCGAAUCUCAUCCGAUGGACCCCCUUCAUGGAAGAGAGCCUUCAUCUUUUGCAGUCGUCGCCAAACGCUGCGCCAACGGAUGCUUACUUCUGCCACCUGGUCUGGACACAUCACCUUUCCGAGCAAGUUAAUGUGCAGUUCUCUCUCGAUGACCCGACAUUUGACGUCCAUAUCUCAGAAACGAGAACACAGCAUAUCCUCAAAGGCCUCGAAAAGGACCUGAAACGGUACAGAGAGAAGGUCCCCCCUGAGUUGCUACAACCGACGCUUCUGAUAAGUUUCGGCGUCCUCAAUUUGUACAUGCACGAGGUGGCCUUACAGGCUCGUACAAGCGAACCUCUGCGGCCUCCAUUCUCAACAAGCUCUCUCCAGGAAGGGCUUGUAGGGGGGGAUAGACUAUCCCCAGCACAUAUCAGUGCUAUAUCCGUAUGCCUCGGUUCUAUCAAAGAAAUGCUUGGCACAUUUCUAGCCAUGGACGUUUUCAGCAUACGCUGCUUACCUGUGUUCAACUUUGUCCGGGUCGCAUAUGCCGUCGUUAUGCUCAUCAAGCUCUACUUCUCGGCCUCAGCCGCAGGCUCAGAGCUAGGCCGCGUUAUUGAUAAGGAAGAUAUGCAAGUCGGAAAGUAUCUUGAUAACCUGCUUGACAAAUUCCGCGCAACUGCAGCGGAGGAUAGUUGUCGCCCAGCAGCCAAGUUCCUUGUGGUACUUGUUAUGCUUCGUAGCUGGUUUUAUAGACAAGCUGAGUCGGAAGCCAAAGAAUCGAAGCCACUUCCAACAGCUUCCGCGAUAACACCAUCUCCUUCGCAGGCACAACAGCAGCCUCCCCUACCUGCCAACGUUUCGGCACCACAACCUUCUGACCACGCAUCUACGGCCAACACUCCACUCCAACUCCUUUCAGAAGUUGCUACCGGAGCAGGCUCCCGAAACCGUGACUCUUCAGCUAGCAGGCCUUCGAUGGUUGGAUGGGGCUCAAACAUGCCGCAGCCUCCGCAGCCCUUCUUCCAUGACACCCCCGAUAACAAUUCAAGCUCUACCGCCUCCAUGCCCUACCACAACGAGCCAUUCCCCGCAGAUUUGGCUGCCGCAAUGGCGCCCGCAAUGCCAUCACUACCCCCCACAGCGGAUGGGAUGGGCGGCUAUAACUCUGGAGAUCUUCUUGACUUUGCAGGCUGGGAUCUGGAGGGCAUGGGCAUGGGCAUGGGCUCGCAGGGGAUGUGGGAAGAUGGGAUGCGUAUUUUCCUCGAGGAGCCCUGGUUUAACACCAUGUUCCAAGGCAACCCACCAGUUGGCAACAACGCCAUGAACUUCUGA